AUCUAUGGUUUUAUUUUGACGUUUCGUGACUAAUAAAAAUAAAUAGUUUUGUGUUGUUUUGGAUUUUUUGUGGUAAAAAAAUAACCACGAUUGCCAUCAGGAGUUUUGAGUAGCUGCUGAGGCUGUGAUUUAUUGUUCUGGUAGUUGCAAAACGCAGUUAGUUAUGAGUUCAUAAAUUAUUGUUACUUUAUAUAACAGCAAUUUAAUUUAAUUUUUUGUAAUGUAAUUGACGCAAUCUAAGGAGACGUGAACAAUGAUUUCCCAUUUAUUAGUGUUUCUAGCGGGUCAAGCAAUUAAUAUGGUUACUUCCGAAAUUUUUGCUGUGAGAUUUGAUUCUCAGUACUUUUUCGAAGAAUUUCCCGACGCCCCUGCCAAUUUCGGUCCCAGCCUUUUUGAAGAUGCCGUUAAAGGUGUGCUUGUGGAUGCUAAUAGAAGCGGUUGUUUCAAUGAUAUUGAGCCUCCUGAUGUAAACCCUUUGGAUAAAUCUAUUGUUUUAUUGCCCAGAUAUUCAGCUCAGAAUUGUUCAUUUGAAACCAAAGUUCGAAAUGCCCAAAGUGCUGGUUAUGAUGCUGUUAUUGUAUACAAUAUAGGAUCUAAUGAGUUAAUACCUAUGUCAGCAACAAAUAAAUCUGGCAUUGCCAUCCCUUCUGUAUUUGUUGGUGAGCAAUCUGGUUUGAUGUUGAAAAAUAUCUACACAGGUCCAGAAUAUUUUAUUGUGAUCACUGGCGGGACCCCUUUUAACAUAGAGACACAUUUGUUGAUACCUUUUGCUAUUGUAGUUGGAAUUUGUUUUGUUGUCAUCAUGGGUUUUAUGAUUGCUAAAUUUAUUAAAGACAGGAGAAGGCAAAGAAGGCAUAGAUUGCCAAAGUCAUCAUUAAAAAAGAUACCUACUUGCAAGUUCCAAAAGGGCGAUCCUUAUGAGACCUGUGCAAUUUGCUUGGAUGACUUUGUUGAAGGGGAAAAGUUACGGGUCCUUCCCUGCAAUCAUGUGUACCAUACAAAGUGUAUCGACCCAUGGUUGACCAAAAACCGGAGAGUUUGUCCCAUAUGCAAGCGAAAAGUAUUUGCCCAUGAUGAGCUCCAUCACAAUGAGGCAGACAGUGAUUCUGAAGCUGAUGAUACAACCCCCUUGAUUAAUGCAAGCAACAGGGGUACUCAGGGUGGCACAUUUGAAGAGCUGAGGGAGAACCUUAUUCAAAGAGCAAUAAGGUCCAUAUCACAGCAGUCGGGAACCGCAAAUUUGGUGACAGCCUCAGAUCAUCACAGCAUUAAUGGAGAAUAUGUCAGUACCACCAGUUCCACUACAGGUACAAGUGAAUUAGAAAGCUCAGGUCCCUACCACUUUUGUGAUGAAUUUGAGGUACAUGUACACCAGCCACAAUUACAAAAUGUUUGUGACGAUUGUGAGGUACAUGUACACCAGCCACAAUUAGAAAAUGUUUUUGAUGAUGCUGAAGUACAUGUCCACCAACCGGACACAUCGAGUGAACCAAGUUAUAAUAAUGACAUCAGCAUUUGAACUACUCUGUUAUUUCUUUGUUUUGAUUUCUAGUCGAGUACAAAACAAUUGGUCAACAAUUUUGUGAAAUAAUUUUCAUUGGUGCUAAAUAACCAAGUUGGGGAUGAUAUGAUAUGAUGCUUUAACUAAGAUUAAUGGUAAUAAGUUAGAAUUAAUUGACUGUUUUACUGUGUCAGGAUGAAAAGCUACAGUGUCCUUGUUGGCUUAAAAUGCUUUAAAUCUGAAUGGCAGCACUGACAAAAAAAAGAGAAGUCAAUAAUUAUAAAACAAAACUGCAAAGUAAUGCAUUUUUAAAAUUUAUACUGUUUGGAAUAUUGAAUCCAUUUGUAAGUUGCUGUAUAGUAAAUGUAAUAUGUGUGGCGAAACGAUAUUUUUCAUGUAAUUUUUAAUAAUUGACAAUACAUGACGGUAAUACAAGGACAGACAAAUUUAAUAUAUUUUCUUCUAAAACGCAAAGCAUCCACAAUAUAAUUCAAACAAUUAAAUUAUGAUUCAAUAAUGGGUGAUAUAUUAUAUGCUAAUUAUAUUUUCUGAUUUCAAAAGUAAAAUUAUCAUUGUGCAUACUUUAUACUUUUGGAUUGCAUACUAUUAAAAUAGUUUUAGUUAUAUUCUAAUAACAAUUCUUUAAUUUUAAGUUACUUGUAAAUAGUUAUUCUUUAUUAAAAUGUUUA